AUGACUUCCGAUGUCAACAUGGACUCGGACCGGACGAUCCUCAACCUAGUACGGAUGAUGACACUGAUAAGCUUAUCGGCACCUGUGCUAUCAGAUGUACAACCAUGUGUAAAGAAGGGACCUUGCUCAUGUGCAACACCAGCGUUCACUGUAGAUCUAAAGCCUUUGUCGACACGGCCUCAAAGGUUGUUGCAAGCUAAUGAUGCUAACUACACCUAUAUCUACAGUCCUUGUAUAGCCACUGGUGAGCCAUGUGGAGAUGGUUCAUUUACAGACAUAGCUAUGUGCCAAAUAAGAAAAGGCUCCCCAUCAGCAAAUUGGGUUGUGGGUACUCAGGCAUCUGCCAAGUUCACAGGUAGUCCUGAUGAUGGAUCUCUACAGAUUGAGUAUACAGCAUUUAGCCAAGACAUAACAAGGACCGGUCAAGUAUCUGUUGUUUGCUCUGAUGAAGAGGCUAGUUUUUCACAUCUUGGAACAGGUGUUACUGUUUAUAAAUUCCAGCUGAAAACUAAAUAUGCAUGUAAACCCAAUACUGGGCUAAGUGUAGGUUCUGUCCUUCUGAUCAUAUUCUUUAUGUUGCUCCUUGUGUACAUCAUUGGAGGAAUCUUGUUCAUGCGAUAUGUUAGAAAAGCACAGGGAGUGGAAAUGAUCCCAAACCGAGAGUUAUGGGCAGAGUUACCUCUGUUGAUCAAGGACGGAAUACUGUUUGUUUCAAGAGGAUGUAAGACAGAUUCUACAUAUUCUCAGAUCUGACAAAUCCCAGCAUUUCAUAGACCUGAUGAGUCCCAAAACAUCGCAAAUCUGACAAGUCCUAACAUUUCAUAGAUCUGAUGAGUACAGCAUUUCAUAAAUAUGACGAGUACCAGCAUGUCAUAGAGAUACAGAGGAUCAGGUCCUGCAGGUUCAAUUAUAACCUACAUUUGUAAAAAAAAUUUGAUUGUUGGGUGUAAGAGAAAAAUUAGAUUCAAAACAUAUGAUUAUAAA